GUGCGGCAGCGCCUCGCAGCCAGAGCCAGUGCUCAUCCACAACUCACUCGGUCUUCUUCAUUCGCGGUGCAGUUUGUCCGCGAAAGGUUUUAAACAGUUUGAAAGUACGCGUUAGUGUUUGUGCAGUGAUUUGUGUGUUUGUUUGGAAGAUUCUAUUGGACAAAUAUGCGGUGGAGGGGGAGCGAUACCAGAAUGAGAACUAUACACUCUCAAAUCUUCCUCGUCGUACUUCUUACCAUAGUGUCACUAGGCGUUUGCGAUGGUUCGCGUAGAGCACAACGGCGAAAAGACUCAAAUCCCAAUCUUUACAUCCCGGCGCCCAGCGCAGAGUCAAUCCAGGCGCUCGCUGAGGCGAUGGGCGCGGCUGGCUUUGAAAGCUACACGGAAGGCAAGGCACUGGUAAAACGCCUGAUACCGGCGGACAGCCAACCUGAUCUAGAUGUUGUUGAACAUCAAGGAGUCAUAGGCAGGGCGGGUGUUGACUUCCCUGCUCUCCCCAACAUCCCAAAUACAGGAUUUAAUUGCAAGAAUGUACCUACAGGAUAUUACGCGGACUUGGAGACUGACUGCCAGGUUUUUCAUAUCUGUGACACUUCCCGCAAGAUUUCAUUCCUCUGUCCAAACGGCACCAUCUUCAGCCAGUCGCACCUUAUAUGUGACUGGUGGUUCAAGGUGGACUGCGCUUCCUCCCCAGCUCUCUACGAAUCCAGCGUCGAAUAUUACUCCAACGAACAGAAGAAGUCACAGAAAAUCACAAAGAGCCUCAGCAAAAACUCUGAUUUGCAGCAGAUUGGUAUAGACACCAAUACCCGCCCGGAAUCUAGACGACCAACCGUUAUUACACCGAGCACCACUGAAAGGUAUCGACAGCGGCAGCGAUUCCAAAACGACGCACAUGUAACGACACAAAAACCUACACCAAGAAGUUAUCAAGCAUUAUUCAAUAUUAACCCAACGCAGCGUGUUCAAGCGCCAGCUGGUUUCGAAAAGAGGCGGAAUCUAGUCCAACUGAUAUCUAACAGCUUUGGAAAUGUUAAAACUACCCUGCCUACAUACUAUGAUAUUCCUACGCGAAGGACGACCGCUCCCGCAGGAGAUUAUAACAGCAUAAAAGAAAUGCAGGAAGCUGCGGAGACUGCAUCAUUCGCCCAAAACCAAAAUCGGCAAUUCCUUCAAAACUAUAACAACAAAAAUUUCCGUCCCUAUCCCGUUUACAAUCCGAACCUACCACCUAAAUCCUCAAAAAACAAAAACAAUCCCUCUCUAACGACGCUCUAUGACAUAAAACCUCAACCUAUUUUGCCGUACACACAAGAAGCUACAACGAAAAGACAAACAUUACUACCUUAUACAAAGAGUUAUGUUAGUAUAAUUAAUGAAAAACGUGAGCCCUACACACGGCCUGGAGUCUCAUUACUUAAAAAUUUCCUCGACAAAGAAAGGAACAGAACAUAUUCAGAAACAACACAGAAAUUUGUAGAGGCUACUACAAAAGCAGUCGAACAAGAUAUAUUCAAGGUAUCAAGCACUGUUAAAGUGCCUGAUAAUGUUUUCGAAUCAUCAACAAAAAUUCCUCAUACAACUAGGGGUGACAGAAUAACUGAGACGGCAUCCACAAAUAUAUUCGAAACAUUUUCAACCGGUGUAGAUGUUCAAUCAACAACGGAGCCAACGUAUCAAGAACGUAAGCAAAGAGUGUUGAAGAAAAUUAAUUUCGAUUCAUUCAGACAAACCGAACCUUCACUUCAGACGACGAUUACUGAAAAAUAUUACGGAGAUCAACCAAAUCGACCUGGUUUAGUUGUCCCUCCAUCUUUAACACCUAAGACUCUUCAUUCACUAGCCAUUUAUUAUGCUACGGCCAUGGAUAAUCUCCAAACUUCACCACCACGCGACAACAAAGAAGCAACAACAACUACUGAUGACUUGGGACAAACUGUAGAUGAACUACCAAACUUGUUUAGUCGUCAAACAAUAAAUAAAUAUAGCAGCUUGUUUGGCAAUGGGGCUAAUAAUGCAGAGCUAUUAGAAGAAAUAAAAUUAGAUCCCAAUGGAACAUACAACGAGUUAGCAGAAGAUUUAUCGAUUCAAAUGAGUCAGACUCCGUUAGCGACUUCACCUCAAAUUAGAGAACUUGCACAAGUUUUCACCCAUGCGCUUUCUGCGUACCUACAAGAUCCCGUUCAAUUUAGAAAAGUGCUUUCUGAUAUCCGACCAACUCCACCUUCGUUUGGUGAUAUGUUAACAGCUACAGACGAUUCAUUCAAUACAGAACCAACAACAACAAUCAAUGAAGAUGACGAUGAAAUUUUAGGAUUUUCAGAUGACCAUAAACUAAGAGAACCCAAUAAUUCGUUUAGAGACGCAAAAGCUUUAAAACUGGCUACAGAUUAUGCAUUCGAUACAACAACAACUACAAGGCCGACUACUACGGACAUACCGUCAACUGUGUAUGUACCAACAACUCCUAGAAAUCCAUUUAAAUGUUGUGGAAGAAUUUCCGCUUCAUACACUACAGCGCCUACACCUACAAUCCCCUACUACUUCACGACCACCCCGCCUUCAAGAUUGAAUAAAUUCUCCAACAGUCCAAACGAUGAUGAAACAACAGGGGAUAGUUAUACUUUACCGCAAUAUGGUGGUUUGCAAAAUAAUACAUAUAGACCAUAUGGCAGCGAAUGGUUCCCUUCAAGCGCUAAACUUAUAAACGAUUAUACAGAAGUUACAAAUCUUCCUACAGCCUGGGAUGACGAUGUAUCUGACUCAACCCUCCAACCGAUCACUAACUCGCAUCAAUCAUUUGAAAGCAAAAAGAUUAGAACAACCACAUCACUGCCCGAACCUUCUCCUACCUUUUUCCCAGACAAUGAUAGUGUAGAACUAGAAAAUGAGGAAGAAUUACAAAGGGCUCACAGUCAAUCGUUUGUAGCGCCGCAGAGUAAUACUCUAAGACAAGGCAAACAAAUAAACAUUCAUGAUAAGAAUCUUCCAAAGAAACCCUCUACUGAUUUAGAAGCUCCAACAUACCCUGACAUUGACACGACGACGUUGAAAAUUUCAACACAAUCUUACACUACGACGGUCAAAGAUCAACCUGAAGAAUAUACAACUCCCACACCGAUAUCUAGCAGUAUAUUUACAUCGCCUGACACUGAAAAAACAACAUACGAGUUCCAAUGGCCAACAACUUUUGAAAAUUGGCAAAGCACAAUAAUCGACCCAAUUACUUUAAACGAUGGACUCAGUGCAACUAGUGGCGAUGAGAGCCUGUCGAAAUUAGUUCAACAGACUAACAACCUAGCAACGACUACAAACGCUCCGCCAACAACUUAUUACUCAACGACAGAACAAGCACAACCGUCAACCAUAUAUUAUGAAGUAACGACAUUAAAUGAUAUACAAAACAAUCGAGCAGGAAAGGCCUUAAGAGAACCAACAUCAACAGAAGUAUCACAAGACAUAACAACGAUCGCUGAUACGGUCGUGGAAAAAGCAAAAGAAAUCAUGGGCGGUAUGAACUCAACAACGACCCAAAAACUAAUGAACGUUAUGAAGAAAACAAAAUCAAAAACUGUUAAACGUUUAAUCCUCUUAUUAGUACAAACUUGUGACGAUGAUCACAAUUCCACAGCAGAGGCAUCCAAAAAGGCAUUGUUAGAAGCUCUUAUGGCAGUUUCACAGAAAGAUAUGGAAGAUAUCGCGAAAGAAGAACUAGCAACUGAAACGACAAUUCCUGAUAUUGACUACAUACAAUCGACACAUUAUAGAAGAAGUGACAGGAUACCCGUAGAAAGCCGACGUGGAAAAAGUUUAAACACUGACGCUACAGCGGUCAAUUCUCUUUCAAACCCAACAACACAAACAUCAGAAACAGAGGAGACUGAGCUCACAACGACAAGUACGGUCACGACUACAUUUCCAAGUAGACGCGGAGCUAGAAAGUUCCAAACAAAAGCACCAGAAGAAACUACGACGACCACAACCAUAGCAGAUAAACCAAUCGCAGAAGCGAGAGUUGCUGUUCAAGAAAAAACCCAAUCUGAUACACGAGCGAUCGAAUUAUUAAGGUCUCUUUACUCAAUAGCAGCGAAAUUUGGCUAGAGGCCUCCAAACGUUACCUAAGUUUUAAGAUGUAAUGUUCAUGGUCUAGAUUAUGAAUGACGUUGAAAUCUAUGCUCGCAUUAAGAUCCUACUUUAUUUCCUGUAAAUGUGAUUCAUUGUAGAUAACCAUUUAUUUUGUAAGAUAAUAAAAUUGUACUUUAAGGUUAAACAUACGCCUUAGUUUAAAUUAAACUUAAUUUAUUGUGUUUUGUUAAUUUUAACGUUUGACUUGCCGACUAGUAUUUAAUUUAAUUAAGCCUUAGACGAAUUCUGAAGUUACCUACAUUUUACUUUACUCUAACACUGCCAACUGUAGUAUAAAUUUAAAUGUAUAGUAACGUAA